GUCUCCUACUUCCGCUACACCACGCUGGCCAACCUGGCUUUCUCCUUGCUUCUUGCCAGCCUCUGCUUCCUGGCCGCCUCCCGCCUGAGCGCCAGCCACGAGAGCCAGCUGUGCGUGGCGGCCGCCUUCUUCUGCCACUUCUUCUACCUGGCCACCUUCUUCUGGAUGCUGGUCCAGGCUCUGAUGCUCUUCCACCAGCUGGUCUUCGUCUUCCACCGGCUGAGCAUGAACACUGUGGUGCCGGCCAUGCUGGUUCUGGGCUACCUCUGCCCCCUGGCCAUUGCCGCCGCCACUGUGGCUGCCACCUUCCCAUCUCGGCGCUAUCUGCAGGAGGGGCUGUGUUGGCUCAGCGCUCGCAGUAAAGCCCUCUACGCCUUCUCCGUCCCAGUCCUGGCCAUCGUUUCGGUCAACCUGGCAGUGCUCGUGGUGGUGCUGCUGAAGCUGAUGCGGCCCUCGGUCUCAGAGGCGUCUCCCGGGGAGGAAAGGCGGGCGUUGGUGGGACUCUUCAAGGCCCUUCUGGUCCUGACGCCCAUCUUCGGCCUGACCUGGGGGCUGGGGGUCAUCACCAUGACCG